AUGGAUGACACUACUCGUAGAGCGCUCGGUGAACUCAAACAGUUGAUACAGAUUCGAGAAGACAUGGAACGAGCUGGACUAUUGACUCCAGAUUUGAUACUUGAAAGAAGAGACAUCGAGGAUAAGAUGAGGAAGGAAAUCGCAUUCUGCAUGAAGGAAAAACAAAAAAAGACGGAAGAAAAGAAGGUUGAACAGCAAGAUAUGAUUGGGAAGAUGACUUACAAAUUGAGAAGAAAGUUGAGAGAAAUGGACAGAUUAAGAGAGGAAGAAGACUAUAAUAAGUUGGUCGAUGAACGGUAUGAAGCUAAACUGGAGCAGGAGAGGGCAGAAGCAGAAAGGAUUCGAAUUGAAAGAGAAGCAAAAAUGAUGGCUGAUAAUGGCAGGAAAGAUGUUGAAGAAGAGACGAAGAAAGAUUCUAAAAAGGAGAACGGAGAAAAUACCUCUUCAACAAUUAAUAAAAAGAAUAAGAAAAGUCGUCGGAAGAAUAAGGAAGGAGCCAACGACGCUGUGGAAGCCUGCCAAAAGGAGAUGCAAUCUCUUUCCGUUUCAUAA